GUACCUGGCGGUGGUGCACCCGUUCCGUCUGAUGACCCUCCGAACCCGCUCUAAGACCAUCUGGAUCAACCUGUUUGUGUGGGUGGUGUCAUUUGUCAUGGUCCUUCCCGUCUGGGUCCACUCCAAAGUCAUUCGCUUCCCUGAUGGACUGGAGAGCUGCUCCAUGAACCUGGUCACUCCCAAAGAGGUGCUCUGGUAAGGUCACAACCCUGACAUAACAUCAAAUCAACAUCGAAUUUUGGUGGAUAUUUAAUUGAGUUGACUAAUGUGAUUUCAACAUAGGGUAAACCAUUCCAUGAAAUCAUGUUGUUGGUUUGCACACUUCAGUGUUGAAAGAAAUACGAAAUAUUAUGUUAAUAGAACUUGGAGUCAAUGUAUUUUUGUCUGGUGGGGUCAGAGGUCAGAUGAGUCAUGCUGGUCUAUAUCAUGAUCCUCUGCUCCAAUGCCUUAUUUAACCACCCCUCCCCCCAACCAGCUUUAUAAAUAGGAACGCAAUCACAGACUAUGGGCUACAUCAGGUCAGCCAUUGAAGUCUAAAACUUUCCAUACUAAUGAGAAGACAAACCAUACACAUGUUAUUGGCUGGGGAAUUUACUGGACUCCUGCAGAAACUGCUCAUAGAAAUCCAAAAGUCAAUUUAAUUGGUAAAGAGGCCUUUUAGGGUAUCAGGCAGAAAAACCACCGGAGGAACCUGAUCUCAGAAAUAGAGCCGCUUUCAAGCAUAGUAUUACUUAGUGGUAGAACAUUAACACCUGCUACUUGAGUGCUUCGUUACUCACACCCUUCACUGUAAUUACUGUAAUCCUGGAGACUGAAUAACACUGUGAAUACACUUUUAACAGUGUGAAAAAGUGUUUAGCUACAGUUCCUACAUUCUAUCUAAUGAUCAAAUGUAUUCAUAGAAGUGGGACAUCCCACUGGGCACAGAUGUCAGUUCAACGUCUAAUUUUGAUUGACAUUUGGUUUAGUUGUCAACUAACGUGAAUUCAACGUGAAAUCUACAAACAAUUUUACCAUGUCAUUGGAUUUAGGUUAAAAGUUGGGUGAAAAAAAUAUGAAAUGCCCUUACGUUGAGGACUUUUUGCAAAUCCAAUUAGUUUUCCACGUUGAUUCAGCAUUCAUCACAUAGAUUGUUUGGGUUGAAAUUAUAUGGGAACAACAUUGAUUCAACCAGUUUUUGCCCAGUUGGAUGGUACUGUAGCUACUGCAAGCUGAUACACAUUCUCUCUCGCUCUCUCUCGCUCUCUCUCUCUCUCUCUCUCUCUCUCUCUCUCUCUCUCUCUCUCUCUCUCUCUCUCUCUCUCUCUCUCUCUCUCUCUCUCAGGUACACCCUCUAUCAGACCAUCACAUCUUUCUUUCUGCCCCUGCCCCUUAUCCUCACCUGUUACAUGCUGAUCCUGUGCUAUACCUGGAGGAUGUACCUGAAGAACAAGAGGGAAUGGCGGUGAGUCAUCCUCGCUGGUAGCUGCCCAGCGGGCACAAUGGCGUGCAUAGAGCAAGGCUGAAUAACGUCAUACCCUGGGCAGGGCGAGAUCAUAUGGUAUCUCUAGUGGCAGAGCGUGUGGUCGUGGUCAUCAACCGUGACAGAGGCUGAUAGUUAAAUAUAGACACAGAGACACACAGAGGUACUAGAUACAGUAAAUGUGAGGCACUAGAAAUAGAGAUGCCCACAGGUAUGAAAUUACAGGUUUUGGUGGGUGUUCUAAAAAGAAAUGACAUUAAAACAGUUCUAUGCUGGAGAAAAUUAAGAAACCAUGACCUCCACUCAGUAAUCUAGUCAUUAGCUCUUUCUCUCUCUCUGUCAGUAGAAAUUGAGCCUGAGGACAAGGUUAUCCACUCAGUAAACCAAAAUUAUAGAAAGAAUAAUAUCUUAACUGAUGCAGGUGGGAACUUCUUUAUUUAUGCUUCCGUGCUGGUCAUUAUUGUCACUAACCCCUGCCCCUGGUUCCUCUCCUCUCCCCUCCUCAGCUUCAGUGCUAACAACCAAUCCCGGGUGCGAGCCAUCCGCCUCACCAAGAUGGUUCUGGUCCUAGUGGCAGUUUUCCUGUUGAGCGUAGGGCCCUACCACAUGCUCCAGCUGGUCAACUUAACAGUGCGGCAGCCCACGCUAGCCUACUACACCUGCUACUACCUGUCAGUGUGCCUCAGCUACGCCGCCAGCAGCAUUAACCCUUUCAUCUACAUCCUGCUCAGCGGACACUUCUGUCGCCGGCUCACUUACCGCAAGCCUGCUAGCAGG